CGAGCGAGUGUGAGAGAGCAGAAACACAGAUACAGCGGCGCGGCGAAUGUGUGCAACCUUUGCCGUCCGUCAUUCUCAUUCGUUCGUUGGUAGUGUUCGUUGUCGUUUCAGUUUCAGUUAAUCGAGAAUAAAGCCAUCGUAAGCAACUUUUGAGCGGCAUAUCGAACUGUGUGGCGUAUUUUAUUAGUUUUGUGAAGUAACCAAAAAAAAAAAUCAAACAAAAUGUCGACAGUCGAUAAGGAAGAGCUGGUCCAGAAGGCUAAAUUGGCCGAGCAGUCAGAACGCUACGAUGACAUGGCCCAGGCCAUGAAAUCCGUCACAGAGACUGGCGUUGAGCUCUCAAAUGAGGAAAGAAACCUACUCUCCGUUGCCUACAAAAAUGUGGUCGGUGCCCGCAGGUCAUCGUGGCGUGUCAUCUCCUCCAUUGAGCAGAAAACCGAAGCAUCCGCUAGAAAACAGCAGCUCGCCCGUGAGUACAGAGAGCGUGUGGAGAAGGAGCUGAGGGAAAUCUGCUACGAAGUUUUGGGACUUCUGGACAAAUACCUUAUUCCAAAAGCCAGCAAUCCCGAGAGCAAGGUGUUCUACCUGAAGAUGAAGGGUGAUUAUUACAGGUAUUUAGCCGAGGUUGCCACAGGAGAUGCACGCAACACCGUCGUUGAGGACUCGAAAAAAGCCUAUCAGGAGGCGUUCGAUAUUGCAAAAACCAAAAUGCAGCCCACACAUCCAAUCAGAUUAGGUCUUGCUCUCAACUUUUCCGUCUUCUAUUACGAAAUUAUCAAUUCACCAGCGAGGGCUUGUCACUUAGCUAAACAGGCGUUCGAUGAUGCGAUAGCCGAGCUGGACACACUCAACGAGGACUCCUACAAGGACUCGACACUCAUCAUGCAGCUGUUGAGGGACAACCUGACUCUCUGGACGUCGGACACCCAAGGCGAUGGCGAUGAGCCACAGGAGGGCGGCGACAACUAACCAAACAACUAAGCAAAUGUUUCCUUUUUGACUAUGCAAAUAUUAUUCAGUAAUACAAAACAAACAAAAACCAGAAACAACAAAGAGAAACAAAUAUUAUAAAAAAAAAAAAACGCAAACCAGCAAAGCAAAAACAAUUUGAAAAUGAAACGAUAAUCCAGGCGAGAGAGAGAGAGAGAACAGCAAGCAGGCAGGCAGGAAGCGCUAACAUUUGAGACAUUUACAUACGAAUUGAAAGGCAGGAUGCUUCACAGUUCUUCAUUUAAGGCCGAUGGGCCGGCAUUUGAGGCCGUUAACCCCCCCGAUUGUUACGGGUCAAUUUUUAGCCGGGCUCUGGUUUCAAAUAGAGCCCACAAUCUAUAUACAUAUAGUCAGUGAAAAUGUAUGGACAGAUGCCGGUCGAUCUGACUCAAAUGUAGCAAACUGCAACUGCUUAAGAAAUACAGAAAAAAUACAGCAUCGCUGAAAGGGUGUCGAAUGAAUGCGGUGUAUCUUGGAGUUUGGUAGGAGAUUUUCCGGUGUUUUUCAAUCAAAAAUAAUAUAGCAGAUAAUUCGUAAUUGUAUGUGUGUGUUGUAUUUCCCCUGAUCGAAAUGGCCAAACUCUAGAUACCCCGAAUUUGUUCACCCUGGGCGAUGCCUCGUGUGGAUUUCCUCCUUACAAAACAAACAAAAUAAAUAAUAUUCCUAACUGUAUACACAAGAAAUGAAAUGAGAUAAUCGGUUAUUAUACGUUUUUUGCAAGAGUCUAAA